AUGGCUAAGUUUGACCCCGUGGGACAAGCACAGCUCAUCCUCGCGCGAUUAAUGGAAGGUGGCCAGGAAGAUGACGACACUUGCCGAGAGCUUGAUCGCCUUACUAAGCUCCUGGAUGAAGAUUUCGCCAACAAAGAUAAAAAGCAGUCGAUCUGCGAGGUGAUCGAUGAUGUAUGUGUCGACACCAUAUUCGGGUAUCUUGACAUGAGACAGCCCGACUCAGUUCGCUACCAUGCCACCUUAACUGCCUCGUCAUACCUAAAAGCAGCUACCGAUAAAGCCAAUGAUGCUCUCAAGAAAUUCUUUUUUGAUCGAGUCGAGAGGGGCACCUACGACGACUACAUCGUUGCCUUCUGUGUCGCGGCAUCCAUGUUUCCCAUUGCCCCAGAUAUCACGGCUAACAUGUUCCUCAGCGAGGGGUUCUUGCCGAGCCUGGAUCCCUUGAUGCGACGAAAGUGGAAGAGCAGAAAGGUCGAGACUGCGUGCCUGGAGAUGCUCAACACAGCCUCCAUGAACGUGCAGUGUCGUGGUGCCAUCUUGAAGUACUGCGCUGACUGGUUGGAAGAAGUCGUUGAUCAAGAUCCAGAUGAACUUGCCAAGGCAGUCUACACGGCGGAUCCCGAGGUUCAUGUUAGCGAAGGUUCUAUUGCUUUGAGAAAGCACUCCCAAUCAGUUCGCAACUUGGCCGCGGUUAUCCUAGCCAAAUUGAGAGUAGGCACCCUAAAGUUCCCGUCCGUGGCGGUGCCAUCGUCGGCGCAACAAACGACGGCAGAGGGAUUCGAAGGUAGUAGAAUUCAACCAGCGACUACCAGUAUCGAAGAUCUCUCUAAAAUGUUCGGCACGAUGUUACUCAAAGACCCAGAAACCACCAAGCGAUAUUCCGUGGAGGGAUUGGCUUACGCAACGAUACAACCUACAGUUAAAGAAGAGAUUGCGAAGAACCAGGAGCUGCUUAAGACAUUGGUGAAAAUUUUGAAUGAAGCGCCCCCGAAAUCACCCCUUACAUAUGGUGCUCUAAGUAUAUUUAUGAACCUUACACAAUAUCGACCUACCCAAACUGAAGAAGAGAAAAAGAUGACUCAACUCAAGGCAUAUGCUAACGCCGCUGGCAAACUCGCACAACCGAAUCCCUUGAAUGACGAUCAACAUGUCUCGGAACGAUGUAAAAGAGUUUUUGAGGCUGGUCUUGUACCAGUCUUAGUGACUCAUAGCCGACACGGUUCCGUUGCCUCGCUAAGUCUUAUCGUGUCCAUUAUUUCUGCUUUAUCGGCCAACACUGGCUCUCGCGGUCAACUCUCGCAACAAGGAGCCGUCAACCUUCUUAUCGCUGCGUGGACGGCCUUGCCGGAAUCCGAAACGCAAGCCAGACGCACUGCGGCUCAGGCACUCGCUCGCAUACUGAUCAGCACGAAUCCCGCUCUCGUUUUCGGUGGCACACGAGCACGACCACAGAAUUCAGCGAUCCGACCUCUCAUUUCUAUACUCCCUACCGACCCCGCAGCCGAAAUGCGAGAUCUCUUGCCGACGUUCGAGGCGUUGAUGGCCCUUACUAAUCUCGCAUCCACAGAUGAUGAUACUCGCACAACUAUUAUUCGUACUGCUUGGCCUGUGGUAGAGGAGCAGCAGUUAUCCUCUAACAACAUGGUCUCGAAAGCUGCUGUGGAGCUGAUUUGCAACUUGGUGCAGAGCAUCGAGGGCGUUGCUUUAUAUGCAGCUGACAACCCUCAAGCAGCAAAUCGACUCCAUAUUCUUCUUGCGCUGGCAGACGCCGAGGAUGAAGGAACUCGUAGUGCGGCUGGCGGCGCCUUGGCAUCUCUGACAGCAUACGACGCCAUUGUACUUGGCAUCCUCAAGCGAAAUCGUGGCGUAGAGGUGGUGCUCGGUCUGUGCAAGGAAGGGAGCGAGGAUCUCCGCCACAGAGGCGUGUUUGUGUUGUACAACAUGGUCGCUUGCGAAGGGGAAGCGGGCGAGAAGGCCCGGAAGGAAGUGCGUGAUAAGAACGGGGUCGAAAUACUGAAGGAGUGCGCGAAGCUGAGCAGGAGGUCCGAGGUUGUCGAGGUUACCGUCCAAGCCUUGAAGGUUUUGCUUGACCAGAAGGACUGA